AUGAAAAAACGUAUACGUUUGAAUGCUGUAGAAAUGGCCAGCCCUCUACAGGAUAAUGCAGCUUAUGUCAUCCCGGCAAUGGCUGCAGUAACCGAACAUCUAGGCUUUGCAGUUACAAGCUCAAUCACCUACGAUCAUCCCUAUUCGUUGGCUCGAAAAUUUUCUACUCUUGAUCAUUUGACGAAUGGAAGAGUAUCCACUUGGCAGAGCCCUCACCACAACGGACACCAG